CCUCUCAGCGAGAGCAGGGAGUCAGGCAUAUAGCAGGUGGCAGAGACGCCUCCUCCUCUCAGUCAACACUCAGGCUCGGCUCAGCUCGGUCCGGCUGCUCUCUCCUGUCCUUGGUUUGCUGAUAUGAAGGUGGACAGACUGCCUUGUGGUUUGCCAGGAUAACGAGCUGUGAAGAACACGAGGAAGAGGAGGCACUGAGGCUUCUGGGAUAAAGACAGACAGAAAGGAAGAGUGGACACACAACUGGGAAAAAUGGGAGCAGCAUACGGGAAGAAGAAAGCGUACAGCAUUGACCACGAGCCUCCACCCAAGCAGCCGUGUGCAAGACAUGGAAAGCAGCCCAACAGCCGAGCCUCAGCAUAUCCCGACCUGCAGCACUGGUCUGAUGGUGUCCACAGGAAACCAUCACCGUUAACCAGCUAUGUCACCCAGCCCGACUACCUGGAUGGAGACGACGACGACCUCAUCAAACCCAAGAAGCUGCUGAAUCCAGUCAAAGCUUCUAGAAGUCACCAGGAGCUUCACCGAGAGCUGCUGAGCAGUUGCAAACGAGGGGGUGUGAGCGUGGAGAUGAAACCGGAGCUGCAGAGAGUUCUGGAGUCGAGGAAGCGAGACCAGGUGAUCAAACAGAGGAAACGGGAAGAUGAAACACAGAGGAAGGUUUCUCCACUGGAGGCCGAGCUACAGAAGAGACACAAAAAACUGGAGGAGCUGGAAAAGCAGCAGGAGAAGCAGCAGGAGGAAAAUCUGAAAGCUCCAGAGUUUGUGAAAGUCAAGGAGAACUUGAGACGAACAUCUUUUCACAAUCAAGAGGAGAAGAAGGUGUAGAGACAAAGUUGCUGUCUAGCAACUACACACUUACAUGAAUGUGAUGAUCACUAACAUCUGGCCAGAUGUUUAAAGACUCGAGCACUUUAAGGAUUGAGCUGAGACGGUCCUGAGCUGGACAAAUAUGACAUCUCUGCUCAGAAGAGACACUUAAACAAGUAAACAUCUCAUUAUUAGAGACAAUGCUUUGAUCAUUAAAUAAUUACACCCAUUUCUUUUACAAAUAGCAUCAUACAUCUCUAUGUAAAGGUGUUUUAAUUCAUAUCUGCAUAAUCACAGUUUAUAUGGAGAUGUGUCUAUGACAUAUAUUUCCGUUUCAUUUUAUAUUAACAAAGUACUGAAAUUUGGAGGCGUUUGUGGAAGACAUGAAUGCAAAUGAGAAACCAGAUUAAUAUUUCUGACAUUUUCAUAAACAUUAUGUAUACAUUCUGA